AUGAUUGCUCUCACACCUGUAUGGCUUUUCUUCCUUGUUCUCCAUGCGGGCGCUACAGAGCCGGCUGAGCGCCAGAAACACAAUGGAGAUCAAACUGAUCUGAGCAAGAGAGGCCUCCUUUCAAAUCUUCUCAGCCCCAACCCUACAAGCAGCCCAAGUAGAGGAGGUAUUACUGGUCUCCUAGGUGGUAUCCCGAAUCGCGGCUUUCAAGGUGGUCCGGAGAGUAUUCCUGGCGGGCUUCUCGAUGGCGUCACUAGCCUUCUCCCACUGGGUCCCGGUAAUGGGUUGAAUGACCUUCUGAAUGGAAUCCCAAAGUACAAUCCGGCUGCUGCAACAGCAGGUCCACGACCCGCGUCAUCAUAUGGAGAUGCCCCUUGGACUCAAUCUGAGAUGACCUACCGGCAACAAAUAAGCUGUCCUGGAGGCAUCAAUGGACAGAGAGGAGUUGUUUUGCUCCUACCACCUACUGCUGCGAGUGGACAGCAAGUAUGGCCUAGGUCGCCUUAUGCCCAACUCCCGCGAUACGGCUUUAGCAUUUGCUGGGUGGACAACUUAACCAAAGGUACCGGAGAUGCUCAGCUAACUGCCGAAUUUGUCGCCUACGCUAUCAAAUAUCUGGCUACUGUGUCCCGCCGGCCGAUUAACGUUAUCUCCUACAGUCAAGGAGGGAUGAACAUGCAAUGGGCCCUCACUUUCUGGCCGUCUAUUAGGCGGAUGGUGAUGGGCUUUGUUGCUUUGGCUUCCCCUUUCCAUGGCACGUAUGCCUCUUCUAUUGUUUGCCAGGUUGAUGAACUUAUUGGCGGUUGCUUGCCCGCACUAUUUCAAUUGCAAACCAAUUCACAAUUCAUGAGAGCUCUCAAUGCCCCUGUCAUGGGGAGUGGCGCAGUAGCUCUCGUGCCAACAACAAACAUAUAUACUCUAGAGGAUGAGAUUGUUUUGCCCCAAGUUGGGGGUCGUCCGAUCUCUUACUUGAAUGGCGCGUCAAACAUGGCCCUUCAGGAGGUUUGUGGGGCUACGCAUGUGGCAGACCACUUUUUGAUUGUUGGUGAUUAUGGUGCCUUCGGGAUCGCUCUCACUGCUCUCAUGAGUGGAAGACCGGCGAAUCCUGCCGCCGUCGAUAAAUCUUUCUGUAAUCAAUUGGCCGGUCUUGGCGGCCAACUGGGAAGCCUCGGUAAUGACUUGAAGUACACCUUCGGCUCAAUAGUUGGGAACACCGGUGACCGUAUCCACAGUUUACUCAAGACCGCUACAACACUGUCCGUAACUGCGGAACCUCCUCUUCAGAUGUAUGUGUGCCAGCGAGGCUUCGCAACUGGAUGUACUGGAAAUGGAUUCUCAGGACCCGAAGCUCGUGCUCCCAUUUUGAGCCAUCUACCACAAACACUCGAUGCCGUCGGCUCGUUGCUUGGCGGGCUCCGCCACUGA